AUGGCUCCUUCACGUACGCGCGCCCGGCCGACUGGUCGCGAACAACGCGCCACAGCCAAAAAGGACGAGCCCAUCACAGCAGCCGAAUCCGGCGUUGCUGCAGGCGGCGAAAAGCCUAAGCGUGGUCGCGGCAGACCUCCCAAGAACGGUGUCAGCAAGGUUGUAAAGGUUCCCUCUGGCAGACCCCGUGGUCGUCCCCCGAAGGAUCCCAAUGCGCCUCCCAAGCCCAAGCCCGCUGCCGCCACCACCGCGGCCACUGGCACCGGCCGUCGCGGUCGCCCUCGCAAGUCCGACGCCGCGGCGACUCCCAAGAAGUCUGCGACACCGAAGAAGGCCGCAUCGGCUACCAAGCCCGCCGGCAGUGGCAGACGCGGCAGGCCGCGCAAGAGCGAGCCCAUUGAGGAGCCCGAGGACAGUGGCGCAGAGGAGAUUGUCGAGGGUGCUGAGAGCCCUGAAGAAGAUGGAGGUGAGUCUCUGAAACCAAUGCUGCGUCUCCAAUCGCAGUCGCUGCGCCGCGAUUGGAGACGCGAUUCGUCACCACAACGUGACAGCUCACAUCCCUUAGAUGCUGGGAUUGAUACGGGAGCCGAGGCUGAUGUCGAAGUGGGUGAUGCUCUAGAUGGUGAAGAAGUCCCGGCCGCAGAAGAAGAAGAGGAUGACGAUGAAGAUGCCGUUGCCGAGGAUGACGACGACGCAGAGGUAAUGCUAAAAUCUAUGAUUAGACCACUUGCCGCAUUCUAA